AUUAUUUUUGCUAUUGGAUUGUGUUGUGAUAAUUUCUGAACAUUAUCCGAAAACUCCAUUAAAGAAGGAAGAACAAGAAGUGAGGAAUUGUGAUGGGAAGAGAUUUAUCUCGGUCGAGAUCGCCGCCGUAUUAUAGGCGUAGUAGAAAAAGACAUAGGGGACGAAGCCCGUCGCCUUAUAGCAGGUGACCCCGUUCAAUCCCUCCCCGAAAACCCCCUCCCCGUAAUCACCAUUUUUGUAGGUUUAAAUUUUGGAUUGAUCAUACUGUUAUUGAUGAAUGUAAUCAAUUUGUGAUGGAGAGUAUUUUUUCAAACUGUAUGUCACAACCUUUAGAGUUUAUUUGUGGGUAUUUUUAAUUUUGGGGUAUGAAUAAUUUUUCUCAAGGGUUAUUUAAUGUGCCUAUAUAUUGGAGGGUGGAGCUUAUGGACCAAUCGUCUCUAGAAUUGAAAUACUAGAUAUUUAUGAAUCGCGAGGCUACCCUGUUUAUAAAAAAAUAAUGGAGAAUUGGUCAUUAAAAUCGGUCCAAAGUGCAAGUAUAUAUACAGUAAUGUCAAAAUGUAAUUUAAUUUCACAAGCUACUUUUUUUUGUAAUACAUUUAGUGGAGGCAUGGCACUUAGUCUUAGUGCUUGCUUGGAUGACAAAUGAAAACUAGGAAUUGAAAUAUUGUAGGAAGUUGAGAAGAUGGUGUUUGGUUGUUUACAAAUUAAAACAUGGUAUUUUGAACUUUCUAGGAAAUUUAUAUCCCACAAAUUGGAGGAAGUACCUACCUAGGCCCUCCUAGGUAAGUGGGAAUUCCCAUUGGAAGUUAAACUCUCCAUGAUCAACCAAACAAAACUUAGCAUUUCCUAGGAAUUGCUUAAACUUCCUAAGACAAAUUGUAUCCUAUAUUCAACCAUACAAGCACUUAUAUAAAGGCUAUUUCACAUGAGGUUGAGCAUGAUUAUUGGCCAUUUAUUAUUCGUUUGUUCUUCCGCUCUUGUUUACCUGUUUUUUUUGUUGAAUCAACUAUUUCUCUUUUGAUAGUUUUGUGUUAAUAUCUUAACAUGAUGUUUAGAAUGUUAUAUUUAGGUUGAAAUACCCUUGCUGAGGCAAUAUAAUUGCUGUGUUGUGUUCCUUUUUUAUUAUGAGCUACGUAGUAACUGGAAAUCAUAGUUGCAGAGCUUCCAUGUUCUCCUAUAUAGGUAUUGUCGUCUUGUUUUUGGUUUCCUGAGAUUUCUUGCAUCAUUGGGUACUGCUGGCUGUGUAAUUCUUCAGUUUUGCUUAAUUAAGGUCAAUCCUUUCAUUUGCUUUCCUAGUUGUGAAGAUUGUACGUCUCUUUUUAAAGGAGAGUUAAUUGGUAGAAUGUUCUAAGAAUAGGAUACAAUUCUUUCCUUGUAAGUCUUGAGAGAAGUUGCUUCCCAUUAUUGGGAGGUGAGCAGGUAAUAUGUGCUGCUGGCUUUACUUUGUUCCACCAUUGUGAUAAGCGACAUCAUGUGAUUAAAGAUGGAGCACCACAAAGAUUUUUGUUUACUUUUUAAUGAGGCAUUAGAUUUUCUCUCAACAGUCUUCCUUUUAUCCUACAGAAGAAAAAGUUCUAUUUCCCCCCGUCGCCACCAAAAUCGUUCUCGCACCCCAAGGCGUCAUAGAAGUCGUUCAGCAUCACCUAGACGCUAUAGACGGCGACGAAGUAACAGCACUUCAUUGUCUCCGGUACACACUCCUAGUCCAACCCUUGACUCAGUAGAGCAGAAAAAUGCCAAUGAGAAGUUGAAAUUAGAAGAAGAGAAGCAAAGGCGUCAGCAGGAAGCUGAAUUAAAACUAAUUGAGGAGGAAACUGCUAGAAGAGUGGAGGAAACAAUUUGUAAAAAAGUUGCUGACAGCCUGAACUCUGAGGAAAUCAAGCUAGAAAUACAGAGGCAGUUGGAGGAUGGUAGAAAGAAAUUACAUGAAGAGGUUGCUGCUGAACUCGAGAGAGAAAAGCUAACUGCCAAACUUGAUGCUCAGCGGAAAGAGGAACAAGCUCGAAAGGAGAAAGAAGAACUUGAAAAGAUGCUGGAAGAAAACCGGCGGAGGCUUGAGGAAGCUCAGAGAACGGAAGCAGUAGAGCAACAGCGAAAGGAAGAGGAACGAUAUCGGGAAUUGGAAGAGAUGCAAAGGCAGAAGGAAGAAGCUAUGCGGAGAAAGAAACAACAAGAGGAGGAAGAACGGGCAAAACAGAUGAAGUUACUUGGCAAGAACAAGUCAAGGCCAAAAUUGUCAUUUGCCCUUAAUUCUAAAUGAGCAAAUUUCUGAUGUACGGAGAGUUACAAUUUAAUUUUAUGCCUUCUGUAACGUAUAAGAUGGAAUUUUGGUGCUCAAUUAUGUCUCCUUUUUGUUAUAUUCGUCAGCAUGAAAAUUAACAUAGGAAACUCCUUGUGAUUUGGACCGUGUUGGUUAGGGUGUACAGGCAAAUUCUUAGCUAACUCUGAUCAUGGAAAAUAUUUUGAUGA